AUGGCGGCUUUAAAAAGUAACGAACCGCAAAAUUUUGACCAACCGUGGAAAUUUAGUGAUUUCGUUCUGGUGGUUGAAGAUAAGAAACUUCAUGUUCAUCGAGCUGUGCUUGUCUUAUGCUCUCCCGUCUUCGAGAAGAUGUUUACAUCCGAAUUUCAAGAAAAAGACAAGAACGAGAUUUCUCUUCCUGGUAAAAAGGCGAAUGAAGUGAUCCAAUUGCUUCAGGUCAUAUACCCUUCUGUAUCAGAGAAGCCAACCGAUCAAAUAAAAGAGGGGAAUUGUCGCUUCUUGAUACAGCUUGCGGAUGAAUACCAAAUGGACGCCAUUGUUCGUAGAUGUGAAGAUUUCAUUGUCACACUAAUGAAGAAAUCGCCGAGAAAAGGAAUAAUCGAGAAGCUGGUGUUUGCCCAGACAUACAACUUACAAAAGCUGAAGCGGGCGAGUAUUGAAUUGGCUGGUAAUCUUAGCCUUUUUGAACUGAAACAGAGCAAAUUCUACAAUAAAAUCAAAGCAGAGAAUCUGCAAGAAAUUUUGGAAAAAAUAAUACAAAGGCAAGAGGAAGAAAUAGAAUUACAUAAAACAAGAGAGACAACAGAGACAAGAGAUACAAGAGAUACAAGGGAUACAAGAGAGCAUAGCAGGUGGAGACCCGACCGCGAUCGCUUUUCGAGACCGUUCUCUUCCUCGUAAAAGAGUCGUUAGCUUUCUCUAAGAACCUUCAAUUGGAAGCGCUUUUUAAAUUUUAAGGUUUGACCUGUAACUUCACAUACGAACUACAGCCUUAAUUCAGUCAAUUCCUAGCGUAUCCAUCUUAGGGCAUUUGUUGGGCCAUAGUGCUGUGUUCUGGCGGUAGGGAAAUUAAUUAGGGACCUUAGAGAGCCUUUAGAGCAAAGUGAUUUUGAAGAGAAGAGCACAAGCCCUAUUGUGGAGAAGCUUUCGCGAGGGAGGGCUUUGGGAAGCUUUGCAAAGAAUGUGCAGCGAUAAUCUCUUUGCUUGCAAAGAUUGCCACCCAAGUUUUACCCAUAUAAAGGGAACAAAAAUACAUUUUCCUCGUCUUGAAUUUUACACGGUUAAGACCGAGUCUUCUUCGGCCUGAUCCGUGAGAAAAAUCGAGAAAACUCUAGCUCAGGUUCGACUUUUAAUUAGGUACUAUCGUCCUCCUACGCACUGCGCAUGAAUUUGCGAUUCUUAGCCCCUUUCAAAAAAACAUACCUUUUGCUUCAGCUUGCCUCGUUCGAAGGGUGGGGGAAUAGCUCACACUUUUAAACCCCACAUAGCCCGCAUAGCAGGCGCCAGUUCUGUUAGGGCGAAGGAAAAAAAUCUCGAGGACGCGCAGGGGGGAAAAUGAGAUCUUCGCGUGUUCCCUCGCGCGGCCUGUAAUAAGAUAAUUACGAGCGCCCCUCUACGCAGGUUAUACCCCAAGGUGAGAGUUUUGUAGAACAGAGGGGGGUUUUGCAGCUUCCGAACAAAUUAAAUGCCCGACACAUGCAUGGGGAGGGGAAGAUUGGCUCGCCUGGAAUCUGACCUCCAGGUGCUGCGUCUCAGGUCGGAGCUUGAGCAGUUUUUACAAUUUUUUGACAGGUUUGACUCACGUUUUGAAGUCGGCCGUAUUUUAUUGAGCAAUGAACGUUUGUCAUGUUUAAAACAACCUAUGAGUAGUCAUAUUCCGGCUGCAAAUGGAAAAAUCAAGUUCUAAAAACCAGUUUAGUUUAUUUAGUAUGUUUACCAAGAGAAUCAUAAAUUUACUUGAAUAAGGUUUUAAGCCUGUUUAUAAUUUGCAGUCCAAGUCUUGCGCACAUUUCGCCGUGAAUGCAAAACAGUGCAUGAUGUUUUGUUCAGUUCAUCUGAAAGCGCAAGAAAACUUUUAAAACAUAUCGUACGUAAAUAAUAACGUCUUAACAGCGCAUAAAAAAGGUACCACAGUUCGUGGGCUAGCACCCAGGGUAACAAUACCUUGCUUCUAUUAUUAUUAUUAUUAUUAUUAUUAUUAUUAUUAUUAUUAUUAUUGUUCAUUUAUUUAUUUUUUAGAAUACCUUGCUUCUGCUCUUCUUUUAAGGUAGAAAUAUGUAAGAGUUGAAGCUUCUCCUAGAUUAAAGACAUUACCGCAUCGUCCUGGUAUUGUCCUUUGUUCUUUUCUAUGAAACUAUUUUCAUCGCUCACUACAGCCAAACAUAUAAAAAUAUAGCCAGAGACCUGUCAUUGAUCUGUCAACAGUAGUGAAUUGUCCAAUCAGCUACUCCGUUUCCGUGCUGACAGAGUGUUUGUUUACUACAAAAGGGUCCGCAGUCCGUUUUUUCUCGUCUCAAAAUAUUCCCUUUUUGGCUAAACGCGUUUUUCCCUAUUGUUAUAACGGGCUCACUGUGAAUAAGAACUCUUAGAGGAUAGGCGGGCUGUAAGCAGUCAAGUCCUACGCAGAGACCUCUUUGUGCAGAUGUUAGUUGGGGAAAGGAGAAAAAGUGCGUGCGGUGGGGAAAACUAUGUACAAGGGAAAGAGUAGAUGACUCUUUCUUCUUCACAGGCUUCUUCUGAUCGCACUCACAUUUCCCGCGCUCUUUUAUUUUUCUUUUUCUUAUUACUAAGAGGAGCCUUUGCGUAGGUAACUUUGGUAACUUUAACGAGCACUGGCUCUUUUCACCUUUUGUUUGCAAAUUAUACUUCAAAAUCAAAAUAAAUACUGCAUGUUCUUUAUCUCCAUCACUUUUAUUAAGCAAAAAAGACGACAGAGCGUUACAAUUUAUUUCGUGGACAUAUUGUAUAAGAAUUGUAAGAAAUUCUACGUGGAGCAAUCGUAUUUCAUUCUAAAGUUGAUCCUUUCUAACGCCACAGUGCAUUAUACAAAUAAUAAAAGCAACGAAAAAAAGAACACAGUAACUUUGGGGAAUAUACACUCCAGACGAACGGUAAGUACUUCAUAUAUGAUACAGUAUAGGAAUCAUAAAUGAAGUACCUACCGGACGAAUAGGUGAUACCGCUGACAGAAUACCAAUGUACAGUAGACGCAGAGGACCAGAGACUGACUGAGAGUGAUGACGUAACCCGCUUGGUAAAAGAGAACUCUGCAGCCUAUAGAAACAACAACAACAACAACAACUUUAUUACACUUAAACGGUUUACAAGUAAUAAAUUAAAGUGAACUUAAAAGGAAAAGGAGAAAGCUAUUAAAUACUUCACAUCUAUUUUGAAGAGCUUGGGUGUUGUAUUUUAACUAAAGUAUCGACUUCAACCAGUCGUUCCCAUCCAAAAGAGUAUCGAAUAAAAAUCCACGAAUUAUUCUCUUAAAAACUUCCUCAGAUUUUGCUUUUCUUUUUUAGGUUUUUUUCUCCUAUUUAGACAAAAUUUUAGGUCGAAGGGAAAAGCACGGAGAGAAAGAGACACGUCCUUUCGCCAGCGCAAAUGCAACAUAAAAAAAAAAAAGAAAAAGAAAACAAAGAAAGAAAGUAAUGGACCAAUAAAAAGUUCCAAGCUAAAAGAUCUAUCAAACGGACUAGGAAGAGUCACUGUCCAUUAGAUGGAACACAAGUGCUUCAAAGUGGACUUCUCAAGAGAUCAGUGAAUAAAAAUACAAAGUUGCGCCUUCUAAAAUCUAUAUGGAGUGCAGCAGGCAAAUUAUUUUGGUGUCAGUCGCAGGCCGACAGAUGAAAAGUCUCUGGCACUCAGGUAGACCAAACGGCCCAUAAAUUACACCCUUCGGCGCCGCAAAUACUUGUAUGGCUUAAACGCGGAAGCACUCUCUCGAGCUAGAUAGGACAUCGGCAAAGAACGUCCCCUGACUGCUGUUGUUAUUCUCUCAUCUUUUAUCUCAGUCUUACUGAAAAAAGUCCUUGAUCUCCUGUCAAGUGAACUGGUGUGUAAGUAACUUUACAUACCUUGCUUCAUCCCUGGCGUUUCGUAUAACAGACAAAAUUCCAGCCAUCAGCCACAGACAUGGACCGCAAUAAGUGGCUGCAUAUGUGAGAGGGACCAUAAUACAGGGUACGAAAUCCUCUAGCCCACAUAGCCCGCAGAAAUAUCCACCGAGGCCAGGCUGUUUGAGGUCCCAAAGGAAAAGUACUUGGUAUGGCCCAUCCACAAGGAACUGAAGGUAACGAUCCACGACUUCUCUCGGCUACGGAGAAAGUGUACAAAUACUAACAAAUAACAAAACAGUAAGAGUUCAUGAUGUAAUGAGAAAACUUGUUAAAUUUCAAAAAGCACGAUUAACUGAAUCAAUUCCUUUAUAAGCGGCAGAGGUCGCGAAGGAGUCUUAUAAAGAAUUCAAACCUCACCCACAAAAAAAAAAACAAGAUGUUGAAGGGACACCAAAGCUAUAACAUUCCAAAAUCAAACAAGAACGUGUUGUGCAUUGUUUCAGUUUGUUUGUGCGUUUAUUGAAAAAUUAUCACUUAAGAUCGCUAGAUACGCCAAAAAGUAGUUUUGCUGCAAUUGCUUUGAUGUUGACCUUCAAAAAUGCAUCAAUUCACCCAGGUGGGUACUCAACAAAUGUUUAUAAGGGGACGCUCCCUGGGCAUGGAGCUGAAUGGCCUAUAUAACUUUUCAAAACGCUAUUUUUGCACAAAGAGUUAAGACCGUUUGGUUGUAUAUAUAUAUUUUUCAUGCUAGCAGAAAUGUUGUGUGAAGUCCACAAAGAGUUGGUAAAUGCUGCACGAAGGGAAACAUGUUCAGUGCUUAGAGCUAGAGGAUGUAAUGCCAUGAGUACCCUCAGCUUUACAGAGAUCAUAAAAGAGAUCCAAGCUCUUCAGUCCCACAGUAUUCAGUUUCCUCUCUCCGUAGGGUGGGUAGGAGAGGACCGUGGAAACAAGGUUGGCCAUAUCACGUGUCCCUGAGGCCCUGAGGAUCCUACGUUCCGCGUCAAAUUCGUUUUCGGUCCUUUGCAUUUUUAAUGUCAAUUUAAUCCCAGUCAUAAUUUGUUGAAAUACUUCCGGGAAACACAACAGAAACUUGGUCGUUCAUGAAUUCAUGUAUUGCUUCCCUCCGGCCUCUCCUUCCCGAAAGGGAAGAGAAGGAAAAAUUCGCAAGCCGAAGCGUUUCACUAAUUAUGACGGGAAUGCAGCCCGAAACCACAUGAAAAAGGUGUUAGAUCUAGUCAUGUGUGACGCGUUUUCAGUUUACUUCCAGGAGGUAAUAACGUAGAAAUUGUGAUUUCCGGGAAUUGUGUGCAACUCUGAGAAAUUAACAAUUAAUGAAUGAGGCUGAGUAUCGUAUGAAGAAUUAUGGACGGCCGAGGCGGAUAACACCCUCCGAGAUCUCCAUAAUUCUUCAUAUGAUACGAAAGCCGAAUUCAAUAAUUGUUUUAUUAUUCAUUCAAAGUAAUUCCUAGUUUAAAACAAAGCUAAAACAUGCUUACCUCCAUUGAUGUUAAGUUCACCUUCGAUAGUGCACGUUUAGGGUUGUUCAGCUCCGCAAAUACUUCUCCAAACAACUCAACCUCGUCCCCAGGUCUUCUCGGUUAAUGGUGCCUUAACCUGCAAGAACGCUGCAUUUUUGACGUCAUUUCCUCGUUAAACAUAAAAUUCUUCCAAAUUUGGUCAUCGGUAACUGGUUAUGGGUGUGCUUUUAGCCAAUCAGAAUCAGGGAAAUAAAUAAUAAUAUGAAUGAAUAAUAAUGUUAGGUUAUACUACUACAUACAUGAGAAAUUUCUGCAAUUUGAUUGGCUUAGAGCAGUGGUAUUUCAGCUUAAUUUGAAAUACCUACAUGUGAAAAUUUCAAACCUUUUGCGAGUAGUAGUAUAAACAAAUAAUAGCAUAAUUUGUACGUGAUAUUGGGCAUAAAUACCACUCGUGAUAUUUCAAAAUUGUCUCAAAUUUCACUCGCCUAACGGCUCGUGAAAUUACGUAUAACAAUUUCGAAACAUCACUCGUGGUAUUUAUGCCAAAUAUCUCUACAAACCAUGCUAUUACCUAUACUAAUGUUUAUAAUACUGGGGUGUAUUUUUAAUUUUGGGAAACGCUCUUUUAAACGCUGAAUUAAUCAUGAGCUACUGUAUAAUAACAGUCUGGUGGAAAUCGUCAAUGUUAAUCGUCCUCCUUCAGUGUUGUGAAAUUAAAUCUGCCAAAAGUUUUUAGUAUUGGGUUAACUUGAAAUCCGGUCCGCCAAUGGCAGAUAAAGAAAGUAACGGAGAAAGGCAAGAUUUUACCCAAGCAUGGAAAUUUAGCGAUGUCGUUCUCGUGGUCGAAGGUGAAAAACUCCAUGUUCACCGAGCUGUGCUUGCCUUGUGCUCCCCCGUUUUCGAGACGAUGUUUACGUCCGAAUUUCAGGAAAAAGAGAAGAAAGAAAUUUCCCUUCCCGGCAAAAAGGCUAACGAAGUGAAGGAGUUGCUUCAGGUUAUUUACCCUACUGUAGAAAGGAAGCCACCCGAUGAAAUAAAAGAGGGCAAUUGCCACUACCUCUUAAGCCUCGCACAUGAAUAUCAAAUGGAAGCCAUUACUCAGAGAUGUGAAGACUUCAUUGUCAAAAUAAUGAAGGAAUCGUUUUCAGUGAAGAAGGAUCCGGAUAUCAUUGCAGAGCUGGUAUUUGCACAGACGUACAACUUAAAGAAGCUAAAGCAGGCAAGCAUUGAACUGGCUCAAAGUCUUGCUCUUCCAGAGUUGAAAAAGCAAAAAGGUUACGAUGAAAUCCGUUCAGAGAAUCUUCAGGAAAUUAUGGAAAGAAUGAUAACACGGCUACAGAGUCAAUUGACUGACACUCAGACUAAAUUAAGUGAAGCUAAGCGGUCUCUAUCUUAUUUCCAACUGCGAUAAAACACCUCAUCAGAUUACUGGUUGGACUGGAGGAAAAUAUUGCACAGGGGCACACAGCGUCAAUUUUUGGAAAAUAUCUGUUCUGUGGACGAUUUGAGAUCUAGCAUUUUCGGAACAUUUUUGUGUAAAAUUUCUCGCUUGCCUGCCUCUCCAAGGAUUUUCGAACAUCUAAAAAAUUGGUAUAAUUGGCCAUUUUUAACGGAUUUUUACCCUAAAAAGAUCGUCUAAGUAGUCUAGUGUGUUGAAAAUUAAGCCUCAUUGGUGGAUUCUCUUUGGAUUCCCUCGCAAAAAGUGGAUUUCCUUCAUUACAUAAUAUGCAGGAUUCCCUCCUUACGUAGUAAGUGUCUUCCUCCAUAUCUAAUUAUGUGGAUAGUCGUUUCUUUUCUUUUGAAAGAACACAAUAGGAACAAUAGGCUUGCCUAGACUUGUCCGGUAAGUAACUUGAGCCCGGUUUACCGGAAUGUCUAUUACACCUAGCAACUCGAGAAACGGCUUACUAUAUCUUAUUUAGCGUUUGAAAAAAAUCGGAUACAUCAACAGAACACAUACACAAAGUGGUGCUGAAAAGUCUUUAUUUCAAUUUUGUCUGACAAUUACAGAUCUAGAACCGUUUUUUCCUGUCUAUCUCGAGGACAUGAAAAACGAUUUAAGUCUUGUCAUUUUCACGCACUGUUAGUCAGUUAAUUGUGCGAGUUCACAAGCCCAAAGUUGAAUACAAAUUAAUUCAUCUCUACAGCUAGACCCAAGGGAGCACCUUGACGUAAAAAUAUCAUAUAAACAAUUUUUUUUACGCAGUUUUCAAUGGAAUCAAACCACUAUGAGAUGAAGCCGCGUUUCCAAAGCUUAUCAUUUUCUUAAAAAAUUAGCUAAUUGUGUGGAUAGCAUGCUAUUUCACUGUUUUUAUGAUGCUUAAAACUUCGUUUCAAAAUAUUUCGCAAACGCUCUCUUAGAAUUUGUUCAAACUUUGACGUAAUUGAGGCAAUUAUGGCAGGUACAAACUCCCUUAAGCGAUUUCUUAAAAAAACUCUUGGUACAGAGAAUCACAAAGAUAAAUAAAAAACGUAAUGGCGUCGUUACGUUGCCAUGGCGACUCCGAUUGCAAUAAAACCCAGAUCAUAAGAAAUUUUCAUCUUUAUAUAAUACAGUUGUGGUAACCUUUUUCCCAUAUCUUUACUCAUGGCAACGUAGUUAAUGCUCAAACUUGGGAGGUAUCCCCCCCAAAAAAUCCAGUCGAGCCACCUUAGCAAGGAUCAAAUAAAACACGCGACUAAUAAUUGCUAGCAAUAAAACCACAAGAGAGAUACCGUUUUAAAAACUUUAUUAAAAGCCAAUAACGAAAAGAGUCAAAUACACAGCGAUUUGAAAGGAAAAAGAACGAAAAUUAAUCCUUUGACUGACUAUCAAAAAUCUGUUUUUUGCAUUCUAUUUCGAGGGGUAAUAAAUAAUCCUUCCGUGUCUACACAAUUUCCCUAUGGACUCUAAGCCAAGAGUUCGACUUUCUUUGUUUCUCGCGCUUUGUCUUGUUCUUUGUAGGCGGUCUUUUAGCUUCAUUUCUCUGUGAUCUUGACAGUUCGUACACCGUUUCUUGUGUCUGUACUAGACUGCGAUAGUGUUUUUUUCCCUAAUUAUCCGCUUCACUUUCAUAAACGACGACCUCAACUGUAGGUUGCAGUUUCGCCUCUUGUAAAUACUGUCUUCACUGUAUGUGGUCUAACUGAUGAACAUCCGCGAGAUGGUUAGCUAAUCUGACAAGGUACUUCGCCCCUCAAGAUGAAAUCGGACAGUUCUUAGCCUUCAAGAACUCAAACGUAACAAAUUUUACGGCAAAAUCAAUGCAGAGAACCUGCAAGGAAUUUUGGAAGAAAUAAUAAUCCGGCUUGAGAAAGAAGUGAGCUCAUUUAAAGUUCCGAAGCGUUCGGCACGCGAGUGGAAAGAUUGGUAGUAAACCUUAAAAAAAUGAUAUUUCACUGAAAGUAAGUAAAUCGGUACUCUUGAAUCGCAAGGUUUUUUCAACAAAACGUUGACAAAGAAAUGACCGUAAGAGCUAUUGUUUUCAAGUUCCUGGGAGAACUGUAUAUUCCGCGAGCAACUAAGGCAAAUUAUGGGAGUCGAUAGUUGAAAGAAAAAUUCCUAAAUUAUAUCAAACGAAUUGCAGAUAAAUGCAAAUAAAUAAUAUUUGUCUUUGUAUAUGGUAGAAAUGUUCCUUUUUGUUCUAGCCAGUUUACGGGUACCUCACUCAAAACAAUUGCGGCAAGCUAAAUGAUCUAAACUUAAUGAAACAUAACCAUUGUUAAAAGCCCCUAGCUUGCAAGAGGCAACCAGUUUGUUCUUUGCAAGCAAGCCUGAGAAGUUAAACUUAGGAUUGCCGAGAACCGGAAUAGUGCUGGUGAUCUGAGGGGGUCUCGAGCGUGGGACAAUGGGAAGUGCUAGUCCAACAUGCUGACCACCUAGCACGCAGACACCCCCAACUACCCUUAAUGCAAUAAAUAUUACGUUCUCAAAACAAGUAGCCGAUGAGCAGCACAAAUAUAUCCCAACUGAGCAGUCAAGUCGUGUAAUAAAGCAAAAGCGCACGUUUUAUGGCCUAUUUACAAAGUGUAAACAACUUCGAACGGCUCUAUAAAAAUUUGAACAAGCAGUAAUAAUAUCUGUUCCAAUUUUAUCCGUUCGUUACCAAAAAGGAUCCACAUGCGCCCAUGCUCCGCUCACAGAAUAGAAGGCUUGAAAAUCAGAUGUGGCAUCACCAACAAAACAAGCAGUUAUCGCCUGUCCCAAAAAUAUGUCUAUAUUGCUGGCUAGACACUUGAGACGAUGAACCGGGAAAUGGGUAGACGCCUUUUUCUCCUCCAAUGUCCUCCCCCCCACCCCUCCCCCAACUCCAACCGCGAGCACUCUUUAAAGAGCCCUAACUCUUUUCACCUUUUGUUUGCAAAUUAUGUUCCAGAAUCAAAACGAACGCUACGUGUUCUCUACGUGUUCUCUCCGGGGCGCUACAAUUUGUUUCGUGGACACAUUCUAAGAAAUUCUAUAUGGAUCAAUGGUAUUUCAUUCUGACUUUACAGGGAGAAGUUGAUCCUUUCUUACUCCACAGGGCAUUAUAGAAAUAAUAAAGCCUACAAACAACGAACACAGCAAAGUUUCCUGAUGUUUAGUACAAUAACUUUGGGGAGAAUACACUCCAGACGAACAGAUAAUACCGCUGACAGAAUUCCAGUGCAAGAGUGAUAACGUAACACGCUUGGUAAAGAGAUUCUACAACCUAUAGAAAGUAAUGGACCAAGGAAAAGUUCCAGGCUAAAAGAUCUAUCAAACGAACUAGGACGAGUCACCAUCCAUUAGAUGCAACACAAGUGCUUCAAAGUAGACUUCUCAAUUAAGAGAUCAGUACAAAGUUGCGUCAGUCUUCUAAAAUCGAUACCCAGUUCCAGACCGAAACUAUUUUUUUUGUGUGUAGUGCGGGAAGCCGGUUGUUUUGGUGUCAGUCGCAGGCUGACAGAUGAAAAGUCUCUGGCAAUCAAAGUAGACCAAACGGCCCAUAAAUAUGUAUGAAUGUUCGUGUAAUCAUUUUGUUUUUUAACCUAGGUCUUAAUCCAGGGGCGGUGCCUUGCAUGGGACGUUAGUCCCGUUGCACCCACCCCUUUUCGGUUUUUGCUUCUUUUUUGUGUGUGUGUGUGUGUGUUGUAUUACAAAUUUAUAUUGUAUUCACUAGAGGAGCACCCAAUAAAGCUGUAAAAAACAACAACAAAAAAUUACACCCUUCGACGUCGUCAAAACUUGUAUGGCUUAAACGCGGAAGCGCUCUCGAACUAGCUAAAAAGGUUUUAACUAACAACUUUAUAUAUUCAAUCAGUGAGAUAGGACAUCGGCAAAGAACGUCCCAAAACUGCUGUUGUUAUUCCCUGAUCUUUUUUCUCAGUAUUACUGGAUAAAAGUCCUUGAUCUCCUGUCAAGUGAACUGGCCGGUGUGUAAGUAACUUUACAUACCUUGCUUCAUCCCUGGCGUUUGAUAUAACAGACAAGAUUCCAGCCAUCAGCCACAGACAUGGACCGCAAUAAGUCGCUGCAUAUGUGAGAGGGACCAUAAUACAGGGUACGAAAUCCUCUAGCCCACAUAGUCCGCAGAAAUAUCCACCGAGGCCGGGCUGUUUGAGUUCCCAAAGGAAAAGUACUUGGUAUGGCCCAUCCACAAGGAACUGAAGGUAACGAUCCACGACUUCUCUUUGCUACGGAGAAAGUAUACAAAUACUAACAAAUAACAAAACAGUAAGAGUUCAUGAUGUAAUGAGAAAACUUGUUAAAUUUCAAAAAGCACGAUUAACUGAAUCAAUUCCUUUAUAAGCGGCAGAGGUCGCGCAGGAGUCUUAUAAAGAAUUCAAACCUCACCCAUAAAAAAAAACAAGAUGUUGAAGGGACACCAAAGCUAUAACAUUCCAAAAUCAAACAAGAACGUGUUGCGCAUUGUUUCAGUUUGUUUGUGCGUUUAUUGAAAAAUUAUCACUUAAGAUCGCUAGAUACGCCAAAAAGUAGUUUUGUUGCAAUUGCUUUGAUGUUGACCUUCAAAAAUGCAUCAAUUCACCCAGGUGGGUACUCAACAAAUGUUUAUAAGGGGAGGCUCCCUGGGCAUGGAGCUGAAUGACCUAUAUAACUUUUCAAAACGCUAUUUUUGCACAAAAUAUUACAUUAAUCUCUGAAUUAAGACGGUUUGGUUGUAUAUAUAUAUUUUUCAUGCUAGCAGAAAUGUUGUGUGAAGUCCACAAAGAGUUGGUAAAUGCUGCACGAAGGGAAACAUGUUCAGUGCUUAGAGCUAGAGGAUAUAAUGCCAUGAGUACCCUCAGCUUUACAGAGAUCAUAAAAGAGAUCCAAGCUCUUCAGUCCCACAGUAUUCAGUUUCCUCUCUCCGUAGGGUGGGUAGGAGAGGACCGUGGAAACAAGGUUGGCCAUAUCACGUGUCCCUGAGGCCCUGAGGAUCCUACGUUCCGCGUCAAAUUCGUUUUCGGUCCUUUGCAUUUUUAAUGUCAAUUUAAUCCCAGUCAUAAUUUGUUGAAAAUACUUCCGGGAAACACAACAGAAACUUGGUCGUUUCAUGAAUUCAUGUAUUGCUUCCCUCCGGCCUCUCCUUCCCGAAAGGGAAGAGAAGGAAAAAUUCGCAAGCCGAAGCGUUUCACUAAUUAUGACGGGAAUGCAGCCCGAAACCACAUGAAAAAGGUGUUAGAUCUAGUCACGUGUGACGCGUUUUCAAUUUACUUCCAGGAGGUAAUAACGUAGAAAUUGUGAUUUCCGGGAAUUGUGUGCAACUCUGAGAAAUUAACAAUUAAUGAAUGAGGCUGAGUAUCGUAUGAAGAAUUAUGGACGGCCGAGGCGGAUAACACCCUCCGAGAUCUCCAUAAUUCUUCGUAUGAUACGAAAGCCGAAUUCAAUAAUUGUUUUAUUAUUCAUUCAAAAUAAUUCCUAGUUUAAAACAAAGCUAAAACAUGCUUACCUCCAUCGAUGUUAAGUUCACUUUCAAUAGUGCACGUUUAGGGUUGUUCAGCUCCGCAAAUACUUCUCCAAACAACUCAACCUCGUCCCCAGGUCUUCUCGGUUAAUGUUGCCUUAACCUGCAAGAACGCUGCAUUUUUGACGUCAUUUCCUCGUUAAACAUAAAAUUCUUCCAAAUUUGGUCAUCGGUAACUGGUUAUGGGUGUGCUUUUAGCCAAUCAGAAUCAGGGAAAUAAAUAAUAAUAUGAAUGAAUAAUAAUGUUAGGUAAUGUUUAUAAUACUAGGGUGUAUUUUUAGUUUUGGGAAACGCUCUUUUAAACGCUGAAUUAAUCAUGAGCUACUGUAUAAUAACAGUCUGGUGGAAAUCGUCAAUGUUAAUCGUCCUCCUUCAGUGUUGUGAAAUUAAAUCUGCCAAAAGUUUUUAGUAUUGGGUUAACUUGAAAUCCGGUCCGCCAAUGGCAGAUAAAGAAAGUAACGGAGAAAGGCAAGAUUUUACCCAAGCAUGGAAAUUUAGCGAUGUCGUUCUCGUGGUUGAAGGUGAAAAACUCCAUGUUCACCGAGCUGUGCUUGCCUUGUGCUCCCCCGUUUUCGAGACGAUGUUUACGUCCGAAUUUCAGGAAAAAGAGAAGAAAGAAAUUUCCCUUCCCAGUAAAAAGGCUAACGAAGUGAAGGAGUUGCUUCAGGUUAUUUACCCUAUUGUAGAAAGGAAGCCACCCGAUGAAAUAAAAGACGAAAAUUGCCACUACCUCUUAAGCCUCGCACAUGAAUAUCAAAUAGAAGCCAUUUCUCAGAGAUGCGAAGACUUCAUUGUCAAAACAAUGAAGGAAUCUUUUUCAGCGAAAAAGAAUCCGGAUAUCAUCGCAGAGCUGGUAUUUGCACAGACGUACAACUUAAAGAAGCUAAAGCAAGCAAGCAUUGAACUGGCUCAAAGUCUUACCCUUCCAGAGUUAAAAAAGCAAAAAGGUUACGAUGAAAUCCAUUCAGAGAAUCUUCAGGAAAUUAUGGAAAGCAUGAUAACACGGCUACAGAGUCAACUGACUGACACUCAGAUUAAAUUAAGUGAAGCUGAGCGGUCUCUAUCUUAUUGCCGUAAAAUACCUCAUCCAAAAACUCGUUAA